CGUGCUUUUACUUAGCUCUGUCGUUAUCAGUUUUCUUACGAUGUCUUUGUGUGGUAUUUGCGGUGCGCAGUGUGUAGGAGGUGAUGCUGUUGCUUGCGGUCUUUGUUUACACAAUUUCCAUAUUAAAUGUGUUAAACUAAACUCGGCAUGUUUAAAACUUUUGAAAUCCAACAAAAACCUACUAUUCAAAUGUGACACUUGCUGUUCUGUUUAUAAUUCGUCUUGCUUAGCAAAGUUUGAAAAUGCUUUCCGCGCAGUAAAGGAGUUUCAAGACGAUUUAUGUGGUGAAAAAAUCACCCUUAAUAAUGAAAAUGCAUCGUCAUCUAAUCAAGUUGGCAUAAUUGCUGCUAGCAACAAUAACAAUGCCAGUAAUAGUGAUGCUUCAAAUAAAAGAAUUUUGCGUUCAAAAGCAAAUUCAAAUAAGGUCGCUGACCUCGUUGGAUUGACAGUGGGCACGAGUUCUUCUGCUUCUAGUAGUGCAGAAUCGGCUAAUGGUGUUGUUGCUGAACUCGCUACUGAGCUUAAUGCAAAUUUCUCUGCUGUGAGUGAUGCUGACCAUAACAAUUGCGCUUCGCCUGCAAUUCAACGCAGCAUUGGAGAGGAGAGUGGUUCUAAUGUUAUUGCUCAGACAGCAGUUAGUGGUUCUCUUAACCUACCUGCUGUCUCUUCUGUGGUUGUGUCCGAUAACCUGUCAGCUUCGGGUAAUGCUAAUGCUGUGCUUUCUCAACAACAAGUAAAUAAUGAAAGCGAAUGUGAAGAUAAUACUGUGUGGACGAAAGUAAACAACAAACGGCGUAAUAACAAUGUGGUUGUUGUUGGGUCUAAUGUUAGCACGGAGUUGUGUGUAGCUGAUCGUAUGAAGUGGGCGCAUUUGUCGUCAUUCGACCCUAAAGUCACUGCUGAUGACAUUAUCAAUUAUGUGUGUAAACAUGUAAAAAUUGAGAGAAAGGCUAUCUCUUGCUAUGCAUUAAUUAAAAAAGAUGACCCAGCAGAAAAUCGUACACAUGUUAACUUCAGGUUGGGUGUUCUAUCUGCCGAGUUUCCUAGUAUUCUCGAUGCGAAAAUUUGGCCUUUGAAUAAUGAAAAGGCGGAGGUGAAGCAAAAAUGGGCAUCCCGUUUACUAGGUAAGCUGCGCAAAGAUAUUACUCAGGAAUGUCGAGAGGAUUUCGUGCAGUCCAUCACCGGAAAGCGAAAAUCGAUUUGUGUACUUUCGAAUCCCGAUCAAAAAGGAAAAAUGCGCCGAAUCGACUGUUUGCGGCAAGCGGAUAAGGUAUGGCGUUUAGACUUGGUAAUGGUUAUCUUGUUUAAGGCAAUACCACUCGAAAGCACAGAUGGGGAGAGGUUGGAGAAAAAUCCUGAAUGUACACAUCCAAGUUUAUGUGUUAAUCCCUACCACAUCAAUGUGUCUGUUCGUGAACUAGACCUUUACUUGGCGAAUUUCAUCAAUACACAUGACCCAUUGCACAGCCCAACACCGCCUUCGCCUCCGCCGCCAACAUCAACGGCGCUCUUUCUUUAUAAUAAUGAAAAUAGUCAUGUUAACAUCAACAGCAACGCAAAUGGAAGCAACAACAGUAUCAACGAUAUAAAAAAGGAUGGCGAUCCGCGAAAACAUAAAGGUUACAGCCACAAUCCUUACAAUGGAGUUAUAUGUAAUGAUAUAAUAUUGGCUACUGGUGUUUUUUCAUCCAAGGAAUUGUGGAGGCUUUCCAAAGCAUCUAUUCUUGAUGAGACCAGUAACGAUUUGCUGUCGACGAAUGUCAGUCAUAUUAAAAUGGAAAAUUCGGCCGGGGCUUAUGAAUGCAACACAUAUCAGUUGCCGCCACCGUCAAUUGGCGUUGGUGUAGAUGUCGCUGGUAAUUUAGCAGCAACGAGCAAUAUGUUGGAUUCUGGGCGCUCCGUUGCUGCUGGUUCGUCAAUGAUUGUUCCAGCCGGGUAUAGUAUCGACUUUGUUGAUCCACGUAGCAUGCACUUGCCACCAACGUCCCUCCUGCGGGCUCAGGGAGCGGCUGCUAUUGCCGCGUGUAAAAACGAUACAUGUGCAUCGCCGCCUGGUUCUGGUCCAAGCAAUGGCAGUAGUAAUGGAUUUUCUGUGAUAUUGCGGUCUGGCGAUUCUACGGGUGCCAACGUACAAGGAAGCGAUAUAUCAACGCUUCAACGAUACACGCCUACACUGAGCCGUUCUUUGUUGAAUAUGAGCCAAAUGAGAUCAAACGAAGUACUGAUACAACACAACGCGACGUCUGCGUUGGUUACGAAUUCGGUAAGCCCCGGAGCUUUAUAUUACCAGUUACAUAACAGUCCGACUGGUCCAUCGGAUUCUAAUGAUAGCAGCACUCAACAGAACCACCAUCAUCAGCCACAACAAUCUCAACAAAACGAGAAUCAACAACACUUGGACGGUCAUGGCUCACAACUAGCGGCAACUGCUGCAGUAGCUGCUGCCUCGAUUUCAAAAUAUUCUUCAGAAGUUGCCAAUGGUCAUGACAUGUCCGAUUUUGUGACAUAUGUUUGUCAGGAAACUGGAGGUUCUAGCGCACACAUUAACGAAGCUCAUCGCCCGCCACAUCAUCAAACUCAUUUCCAAUUGCAAACCGUUACUACUGGAGCGGUCGGUUCUAUAACGAAUCGUAAUCCGAAAUUUUCAUCUGCUGCAACUUCACCAGUUGCGACGGCAUCUCAUUAUCAACAAUAUAGCACAAUGCUACCUCCGCCGCCUUUACCGCCAAUGGCUCGACCAGUGGCAAUAAUAAGGUCUACAGGUGACUUGACGAUGGUCGAAUCUCCACCUUCAUCUGCCACACCACCAAACGCAAGCCACUCGGCUAAGGAAUCAUCGCGGCAACAACAUGCACAGCAACAGGAUCAGCAUCAGACACAAUCUCACAACCACACACAAUCUCACAAUCACACACAUUCUCUUCACAACACCGUGGAACACGACGAAGCAAAUAAUCAAAUGGCGACUGCAAACACCUCUACUAACAUCAAUGGAGGUAACGGAAAUGCCUCUUCCGUUUCGAGUACAACCGAUGUCGCCACCGGCGUUACAAGUUCUAAUGUCCAAACAAAUAUAUCGGGUACCAGUAAUAACAGCAGUAGUAGUUCAACUGACAUUGUUGUGUCGAGCUCACCGCCCCCUCCUUUGAGUCCGCAGGCGCACAUAGACAUUGUACGUAGUACAAAAUCAUCGUCAAUUGGUCGUAUUGCGACACAGUCAUACUCUGCAGCCACCAGCCGAGAGUAUUUCAAUCAUUUUCAUGCACAGACUACUCCACUGCUUGGUUAUACUAGUUCAAUUUCGACCAUUUCCGGGGUUAUUAGUCCAACUAAUUUAAGCUUAUAUUCCUCUCCGUUAACCGGUGUAUCGAAUGUGCCACAUCGGUCUACUCCGCGGGCUCGAUGGAAUCCGCCGUUCCUUAUGGAGGAUGAGUUUAGUAUGAUGCCGCAUUCAGUGUCCAGCGGAAAUCCCGACAAUGCUCCGGUUAUAUUAAUGGAAGAUGCGCAACUAUAA